AUGCUGCCUACUCGCGCCUCUCCAUCUCUUCAAGUAUCGCCCGUCAUCACAUCAUCGACAUCAUCGUCUCUCUUACCUCCAAAGUUACAUUUAAAUCCUUCAAAAACACCAAAACAUCAUCCUCAGCCUAAAUCUGCACCAGGUCAUCGUCGCCGCCACAUUGUAGCUUGGGUACCUGAUAGUUUAGCUGAGAAAUGCUACAGUUGUCAAACUGCAUUUUCACUGAUGUUACGACGUCAUCAUUGUCGACGAUGUGGUAAUGUCUUUUGUGACGCGUGUUCGUCAGCCAGAAUGCCGCUAGUCAAUUCUGGUUUUGUCACUCCAGUUCGUGUAUGUGCUAAGUGUUCAAUUGCAGCGAAAAAAGCACAUGCUAAAAUGGUUCAAGAGCGACAAAAACUGCAAAUUUAUGAACCUCCACGACGUCAUAGUGAUAUUGCAGAUCGAGAAGAAUUAACGAAAACAGGAUUUUGGUUCAAUGGAACAAAUGAUACUAUCCAUAGAUUUGGCGAAAGAAGACGGAGAGCAUCCGAGUAUCAAGAAUCUCUAGAUUUUAAUUCUUGUUUGAUAAAAGGAGGAAUUAUUACAUCUAAUGGACGACGAGAAAUGGCUUUGUCGCCAGUCUUUGCUCAAGAAGACUCGAGAAUUGAACGAUUAGAGAGUGAAGAGACAGAGUAUUCCAGUGGACCUCAUGAACAAAGUUUACAGACUUUACCGGGGGAAGCAGUAUUAGUAAAAAAUGGAAAUGUGCGAAUCCGAUUUAUGGAACGAAUCGAACAUUUAGGCACAUUGUAUGUGACGAAUUACCGCCUAGUCUUCAGUCCUGGAUCUAAUCAUUCUAUAAAUGACGUUGUCAUUGUGAAUGGGAUGUACAAAAUCCGAGAGGAUACACUUCCAUAUGCGAGUGAUGUACACACCGAAUCGAUAGUAGCGUAUCAAGCGAUUCCGCUUAUGACGAUCGAUCUUGUGAAACGUAAAGAAACGGUGGAAACCGACAGUGGCUCGCUUGAAGUGAUUGGGAAAGACUUUCGUCGCUUGCAUUUUGUAUUUGAUGGGCUAGUAUCGAAGCAAACGUUUAGUAAAUUCGAUCGUACAUACGCACUUUUACAGAUGCACGCAUUGGGUAAAUCUGACAGCAAACUAGACGAAUUUGCCAGGUUUUCUCUUGAACGGUUUGAUGGAAUUCACGGUGCAAUCGACGGUUGGCAGAUCUAUAAUGCUGUAGAGGAUUUUAAGCGAAUGGGCAUUUCAUCGUCAACAAAUCGAUGGCGAUUGAGUUACGCGAACGAUCAGUAUGAAUUGUGUCCCACGUAUCCGUCCAUUUUGGCCGUUCCAAGCUCCGUGUCUGAUAGCUUGCUUGCAGUGGCAUCAAAGUUUCGGUCAAAAGGACGUAUCCCGGUGCUCUCGUGGCGUGAUCGUCAUACUGGUGCCGUAAUUUGUCGAAGUAGCCAACCAUUAGUCGGGUUGGGACAAAAACAAUGCGACAAAGACGUGUUCCUCAUUCAAGCGAUUGCAGCAACGAAUCCGUCGUCUUCCAAGCUGGUUAUUAUCGACGCGCGGCCGUGGAAAAAUGCAGUCGCUCAAAAAGCUGUCGGUCGUGCUGGAUACGAAUUGACAGAGCACUAUGAAACACGGCAUGCGACGUCUUCGUUAAAAUAUGUAGACAUGGUUGCAUCAGAGCACACGGCAGCAGCAGCUGCUGCGAUAUCAACUGGAGCAAGAAGCUCACCCUUUCGUAGGAAUUCUGUCAAUGGAGAGCUAGAAACUGGUUCUGACUUGAAUACGUUAGCUGGUGACAAAGAAUUCCUGGAAACAAAAGAAUCGGCACUUGUUUUGACGGAAUGUAAGUUGAUUUUUAUGGGGAUCGAGAAUAUUCACACGAUGCGCAAAAGCUACCACAAACUCAUGGAUCUGUGUACAAUUAAACAGAAUAAUGACAAAUGGCUUGAUCAAUUGGCAUCCACACACUGGCUAAAUCAUAUUUCUCGUAUCUUGGACUCAGCCGUUGAAAUUGUUCGUAUUGUGAAAGAGCAAAAGUCCAGUGUUUUGAUUCACUGUAGUGACGGAUGGGACCGGACAGCUCAGCUGACGGCAUUGUCAGAAGUGUUGAUUGAUCCACACUAUCGAACAAUCAUCGGUUUCGAACGUCUAAUUGAGAAAGAGUGGUGCUCGUUUGGACAUAAAUUUCGAGAGAGAACUUAUCACGGUGCUAGCAACAAUGUGAACGAAACAUCCCCAAUAUUUUUGCAGUGGAUUGAUUGUGUGUGGCAAGUCAUGGCUCAGUUUCCGAGUGCAUUUGAAUUUAACGAGCGGUUUCUAAUCCUUAUUCUCGACCAUUUGUAUUCGUGUAGAUUUGGUACAUUUCUAUACAACUCGCAACGAGAGCGCAUGGAGCAGGAGUCUUGUCAUCCGACGCAUUCAUUGUGGUCAUAUCUUAGCACCGUAGAGCGUGCGAUUGUGGUUAACCCAUUUUACAAGCCACACAAUGCCCCCCGAAUGAAAUGGAAAGAAAGCAUCACAGCUACUCGCCAGUGCUAUGAAAAGUCAUUGGAUCAAUCGAUUAUUGAGUCUUCUCUAUCGCGUUCAGCGAGAAUUUGCUACGAUCAUUCGAUGAUGGAUGACUUUGUGCACUAUCAGAGAAAUGCCUUUGACGCAUCAGAUUGGUAUUCGCCUUCGAGUAACGUCUCAGGAGCUGGUACUGUCUUCCCGCCUUCAGCGCUUUCUCAAGACAAUGAGACAGAAGCAGAUUUUGAUGCUGAACUAUCAUCUACUCACGAGCAACUAUCGUUUGACUUUCAACAGAGCUAUAACGAUAAUGCUGAUGGAAACGAGUUGAAUCACUCCAUAAAUCACAGCGAGUCAAAAAAGGUAAAGGUGGAGCUAUCAGGCUUUCACAAACUAGUACGCGACCUCGAUACUGGAAUCUCAUUCCCUCAACUAUUGGACACAUUUACUUUCUCGACUCCCCUCUCCUCUCCAGUAGCUAAGCCUCGCUCUGAAUCUUUGUUGCCAGAUCGAAGUGCAACUGAUUGUAAAGUUAUGUCGAGACCGUCAACGCCAAAACUUCGAUCGUCUCUUACAUCGCGAGUCAUGUCAGCUGCUGUUGAGCGUGCCCCAUUGUCUUUAGACGGUCUUUGGAAUACUCUUGAUGCUGAUGCGAGUUCAGAUGGCGAUGAUAUUGGUCGGUUUGGAGCCGUUGCUUCGUGCGAAAAUGUCAUCGUACCGUCUUGUUCGAUGAAGUCAUUAGCAUUCUGGUCAAACUAUUAUUUACGGUGGGAUCCAAGUAGUCAUUUUGAUCGAGACGCAAGUGUCGAAAUUGAAACAUUGCACCUUGACGUGAUCAUGCGCUUAAAAAAGUUGACAAAGCAAGUUGAGACGAAUCAGACAUCAAACGCUUUGAAAAAGUCUACAAUCCAGACGAAUUGUCAUUGUGAAGGAAAUACUAAUCUGUUACUACAACAUAAAAAAUUACUGGAGGAUAGUGUCACAUCACAAGACUCUGAACUUGGUGCAGAUGGCAACUCUACAAUAAAAGAGCGAAUUGCGAUGCUGAAAGAGCAGAAGCUGCGAAGACUCGAGGAAGUUGAAGCAGACUAUCAAAACGAACUUGCAUGUCUGAUGGAGCAACUUGGAACGUUGUUGAUUAAUCCUGAGAGUCGUCACGACCGAGUGCUUACUGCCAGUUUGGGGCUUGUAUCCGGUGGUAUAAUUGUAACAUCAGCAGUAAUUGACCAAGAUAAUUGUACUCACCUGAAGGCAGCAAUUAAUCAUCAGUAUGGUGAUGGAAAUGACUUGUUUUACCAUGAUAGAAGACAACCACUGAAUAUUUCGUGGUUUGAAGACACAAACAAGAAAUGUAUUGCCACGUUGAUUGCUGCUAACACUUUGAUUUUUGGACUCUGGCGUGUUUCAUUUCGAAAUGCAAAACUGCAUCAAUUUAUGUGGCGACACUUUGCGAGUUCGUACGAUGCUGUUAUCCAUGGCAAACGGUUCCAUACACUUUUAACAUCAGCAUUCAGUCACAUCACGUUUCCACACUUUGGAAUUAAUAUGUUCAUGUUAUGGGAGUUUGGACCUCAUGUAUUGGCACCAAGUAAUAAUCAUUCGGGUUCUUGGUACAAUCAAGCAGUGACAAACUCAAGAUUUGCUGGCUAUGUGAGAGAUAACUUCAGCUCUUUUCGGCAUCAACCAAAGUUAUUAUCAAUCAAAGAAUUCACAACACUCUACUUUACUUCUGCAUUAACGUCGUCUGCGCUAAGUGCACUGAUGUCAAAGCUUCGGGGAAAUGGAAGUGUAUUUUCUAUCGGUGCAAGUGGAGCAGUCUCUGCUGUCUUCACAAUGUCGUGCUUAUUAUUUCCCGAUCAGCGGUUACUACUUUACGGUAUAAUCGAAAUGACGUCGACCCAGAUGCUUCAGCUUUACACUGCGUUUAAUAUUGUUGGUGCAUCCUUCCAACGCAAUCUACGAGUUGACUGUGUCGGUCACUUAGGUGGUCAAGGCACAGGUCUUGUCUUCCAUCAAGCACAAUCAAGCAACUAA